GCCCGGCACAGCCGCAUGCGCGGUCGGGGAAGGGCCGGCGGCCGCCUCCUUCCUCCGCCGCCGAGGGGAGGAGGGAAGGGGAGCCGGGGAGGCACGGCCGGGCCCGGAACAAAAUGGCCGGGGCGGAGAGCGGCGGCCCCGCCGCGCAGGGUGAAGAUGUCAAACCAUUUACUCCUGAGACAGCCAAGGAAAUUGUGAUGUCUCUACAGCAACCUGCAGUCUUCUGUAAUAUGGUUGGCAACUGGCCAGCCCUGCACUGGAAUGUGAAAUACCUUUCUGCAGUGUUGGAUGGAAAGACAAUAGAGUUUAGAAUAGGAUCGAAGACAAUGGAUUUAGUUCCCCAGUUUGAAACCAGGUGUAGCUAUGUGAAAGCUACACUUGAAGAGUUUUUGGCUUGGAGCAGCGGACAACCUUCUUGUCUCUCUGGACCAUUCAGUUGUUUCGAGUACUCCAAAUAUUGGGCUUAUGCUGACUACAAGUACAUUGCCAGGAUAUUCGAAGACAAGGCAGAAAUUUUCCAGGAUAUAAGGUGGUCUGACUUUGGUUUUCCUGGAAGAAGUGGAAAAGAGAGUACACUGUGGAUUGGUUCUGAAGGAGCAAACACUCCCUGCCAUUUGGACUCCUAUGGCUGCAAUUUAGUGUUGCAAGUACAAGGAAGGAAGAGAUGGCACCUCUUCCCACCUGGUGACACCAGUUUCCUUUAUCCCACCAGGAUUCCUUAUGAGGAAUCCAGCGUAUUCAGCAAAGUCAACGUUGCCAAGCCUGAUCUGAAACGCUUUCCUGAGUUUAGGAACACAACAGCCCACGUGGUUACACUCAGUCCAGGCCAGGUCCUGCUUGUUCCAAGGCACUGGUGGCACUACGUGGAAUCCAUCGACCCCAUCACCAUCAGCGUAAACUCAUGGAUUGAACUGGAUGCAGAUCAUGAAGCCCGUGUAGAAGAAGCAAUAACUCGAACGCUGGUAUGUGCCAUAAAAUCAGCAGAAAACCCCAGUGAUGAAGAUAUCUGGCUAAAUCCCACAGAGGUUGAGGCAACAUCCCAUGAAAUCAAUCUCCAGUACCUGAACAAAGCAGUGUCUGCAUAUUUCAAGUGUCAAAAGGCAAGCGUAUCAGAGCAGACACGUCCCAGUAGCACUGAAACAGAGCGAGUGACGAGCGCCUCACGAAAGAGGAGGAAAAAGCAAGUUGGCUGGGAACCAGAGGGCUGCAAAUUACUAACCCACGAAUUUGGCUUUUCAACAUUUAAAGCAGAAAAGUUCCAGAAAAUACCUUUUGGGCCUCACCUCAUUCAAGUUCUACCGCAGUCUCAAGAAACAAGCUCAACGGGUGCAGUUGAAAGUGACUAUAGAGAUCUUCCCCAUGAAAAUGAAGGAGGACAUUUUGGAAAAUUACACUGCACCAGGAAGCAAUUGGCAAUGAGUAAUGACUGCGAAACGCCUGCAAAUCAAAUGGAUUCAGACAGCAGUCCAAAUGCCUCCCAAACAGCCCUUUCUACCAAUGAUUUGCUGGACUGUUUGGUUAAUCCACAUGUCAUCAGCUUAGUGGCUCAGCUGCUGCUGGAGAGAGCAGGAGUUUAAUGCUCAAGUGCUUUAUCAUAUUUGAAAUAAAGAAGUCAAAUAACAGCCUUGUUCUGGCUGUUUAAGGUUGGUAAUAAUUGAAU